AUGCCUGCCGUAGUCUCGAACGCGACCCGUAUAUGGGAGCUCAACAUACACUGGGCCCUCUUCUCUCAGUGUGGAGUAUGGGACCCCAAAGGUCGUGGCGUCGACAUCUGGGAAUGCAUCCGUGCUCAUAAUUCGACGCCUGGCACCCAGCCCCCAAACACUCUCUACUGGCGCUAUGUCGCCCGUCGAUGA